GCGCUCGCCCGCGCUCUCUUUCGCUUUGGUCGCCGGCGGGAGGAGAGCGGGGCCUCCCUCCACUUGGAAGCUUUUUCCUCGUCGCGUUCCCGCCGCCCCCCGUCCCGGCGCGAGGCUCGGGGAUGCCCGCCAGUAUGUUCAGCAUCGACAACAUCCUGGCCGCCCGGCCGCGCUGCAAAGACUCGGUGCUGCCGGUGGCGCCCAGCGCCGCGGCCCCGGUUGUCUUCCCGGCCCUGCACGGAGACUCGCUCUACGGCGCCGGCGGCGGCAGCUCCUCGGACUACGGCGCCUUCUACCCGCGUCCAGUGGCCCCUGGCGGUGCGGGCCUCCCGGCGGCGGUCGGCGGCUCCCGCCUCGGCUACAACAACUACUUCUACGGGCAGCUGCACGUGCAGGCGGCGCCCGUGGGCCCAGCGUGCUGCGGGGCCGUGCCGCCGCUGGGCGCCCAGCAGUGCUCCUGCGUCCCGACGCCCCCAGGCUACGAGGGUCCCGGCUCCGUGCUGGUGUCCCCGGUGCCGCACCAGAUGCUGCCGUACAUGAAUGUGGGUACGCUGUCGCGCACGGAGCUGCAGCUCCUCAACCAGCUGCACUGCCGGCGGAAGCGACGGCACCGCACCAUCUUCACCGACGAGCAGCUCGAGGCGCUGGAAAACCUCUUCCAGGAGACCAAGUACCCGGACGUGGGCACGCGGGAGCAGCUGGCCCGGAAGGUGCACCUCCGCGAGGAGAAAGUGGAGGUCUGGUUUAAAAACCGGCGUGCCAAAUGGAGGCGGCAGAAGCGGUCUUCGUCGGAGGAGUCGGAAAACGCGGAGAAGUGGAACAAGACCUCCUCCUCGUCCUCGAAAACGUCUCCCGAGAAGAGGGAAGAGGAAGGUAAAAGCGAUUUGGACUCGGACAGCUGACGGCCGCGGGCCGCGGCGCUUGGCCGGCUCAAGGACUUGCACAGACAGACGAUGCUACUUUCUUGCACACGCGCUGCCUUGCGGGAGGGGUCGAGAAAGAGGAACAGGAACUGUAAAUAGUGUACAGGGCCCGGGUCGGCGCCUGGGGACAUGCGCCCGGGCUCAUAGCCCGGGGCCGAGGCCUGGCUUCCCACCGUAGUAUUUAAAGUUAAGUUAACGGUGACAGUACAAUAAAGUGAUGGCGAUGUAGA